UUAGAACCUCGGUGCAAUCUUUGUACUCAACCUAGACCAGCCAGAUGCCUUCAUUGCGUUGGCCAACAUUCUCAAUCGUCAAAUGCCCAUGUCAAUUCUUCUUCGCGACGCUACGCGCAUUACGAAUGCGUAUGAGAACGUUCUCAAGCUCAUGCACAUCAAGCUCCCCACCCUAUACACACAUUUGUUCGAAAAGCUGCGCCUCCACCCCGAUGAAUUUCUUGGCACCAUGUUCGAAAGCCUUAUGAUUGGACGCAUGAGUGUAGACAAUGCGUGCCGCAUUUGGGACGCCAUGGUCUUUGAAGGCGAUCGAAUCUUUACACGUGCUGCCGUUGGUAUUCUGAGUAGCCUAGAAGCACAGCUGUAUACCGACAAAAAUGGUGUACUGGACAUUCUCGGUCGUCAAGCCGGAAACGGUACACUGCUCAAGGAGACACCCGACGAUUUCGCAUUUAUGGUCCGUGCGGCAGCGAAGAUGAAAUAAUCGAUACGGCACGGAUCUGAACCGUCUCGGAUGGCCACAUCCACCACAUAGGCAA